AUGCUUCCUGACAGAACGUAUGUCAGCCAAACCGAAAAAACAGCUCCGGGGAGAAAAUCAGAAAAGGCCAGAAUUACUUUUCUUGCUUGUACAAAUGCCACUGGACAGCAUAAAGUCAAACCGUUAAUAAUUGGGCGUGCCAAGAAGCCGCGCUCUUUUAAGGCGUAUGACAUCCCAGUAGACUACCGGAACUCUAAGAGUGCAUGGAUGACUGCAGACAUCUUCAGGGAAUGGUUUCACCAAUGCUUCGUUCCUGAGGUUCAAAAGUAUUUGCUAAAAAAGGGUUUACCAACCAAAGCCAUCCUAUUGCUUGAUAACGCCCCUAGCCAUCCGCCAGAAGAUGAUCUUAAAACUACUGAUGGCUCAAUAUUCGUGGUUUAUAUGCCUCCAAAUGUAACACCUUUGAUUCAGCCUAUGGAUCAGAAUGUGAUUCGCUUAACUAAGCUGUACUACAAAAAACAUCUGCUGUUAUUAGCUGUAGGAAAAGAUGACAUCACACAAUUUUUA